UACCCACGUCUGCCAUUGUCGAAUUAAUUAUGCAUUAGGAUAUGUUCACAAACGCUUUUGCCAUCGAUUUUAGAUAUGUACCAUACUUUGUGUUAAUAUACUACGGCGGUUGUAUGUAUAAUUCCUUUGUCUAAAAGUGCUGAGUAAGGGGGUAUGGGCGUGGCCAAUUAUCGAUUUUAUCUGAAGUGCGUAAUAAGGUAACAGUGAACUGUGCUGUGAUAUAAUCUGCAACAAAUGAUUGCUCGCGCCAUAAAAAUCGGAAAUAGAAGCUGCUCGCGUUAAUUCAUUGCAAUUUUCCAUAAACAAACUUAAAAUCUUGACGCGACCUGAUAGCCACUUAUUGACAAGCCUUUGUUAUAAAACUGAAAUACACAACUAUACACCAAAGCCAAAUAUGACGGCCAAAGCCUCCAGCAUGGCUAAGUGCCGCCAGUGGCGUAACGAGCUAGCUAUGGCUAACCCGGAUCCGACUCCGGUGUACGAUAUGUUCAAGGACAUACCGCCGCAGCCGACCUAUCCGACUCACGUCUACACUACCACCAUUUGCUGUGAGAAGGAGAACUGUGACAAGGCGAAGCUGGAAUCCAUGCCGGAGCACUUCUUCUGUGAUCCUGAUUACAUCUAUUUUGCAGCUACCCCAUAUGGCGUGGCUCCUGAGUGCUACGAAAACGGCGAGGCCGCUGCUCCUCCUCUGGAUCCGUACAUCCAGGCUUACUGUCCCUGCCUGAUCAACCGGGGCCAGUUGGUGACCAUCUGCUGCGUUCGCCGUGACUGCGAUGAUUCUACCAAGAUCCCAGGCGUAGGCCGCGAGCGCACUCGCAGCCCCAAGUCGUACAAUAACAACCACCACAACAACAAACACCAUAACAACCAUUCCAACAAUGGUCACAACAACCACCACAACUACAAAUAUUAAACUAUUCUCGAUCUCUCGGUGUUGUGAACAAUGUAAACCCCAAUCCUUAUUCAUAAAUUCACAAAAACUGAUCUUAAUUUCACAAAAAUCAAUUUCUCGUUGAUAGAUAGCCAACUAUGCACACUGUUUUUGAACACUUUUAACUAAAUGUUACAAUUUAGACACGAGUUUACCUAAAACUCAAAAUGGCAUGUUGGAAUUUACAAAAAUCCUUUUAUUGAGGAUUUUUUGUUCUUUAGAAGUCGAGGCUUAACUUUUAUAAUAAAAUGUAUCAAAAAAUUUCAGGGUUCACUUGUUUUACACAAUUGAAAAUGCUUUCAAGCAGGAUUCAUUUACUACUACAUUUACAUACUUCAUACUUUUUAAUAAUAUAUCUAUCUCAUCGUAUCGUAUCAUGAAUUCCUUUAGUGUAACUUGAUGUUGUCGUGUGGUAUCGAUGUUUGCUGACCGUAUAUUCCAGUGUCAGAUUAGGAUAAGGUGGUUGUAUUGAUUUGGAUUGCUAUCUGAAGCGCCAUAGACUGAUUAAUAUAAAACUAGCUAAUAGGGGGUUUAACAUCUGUAGAGAAAAGACUAUCAGUCUAGUAACCCGUAGAGGAGUAUUUCGAAGGCUUUUCAUUUAUUAAAUCUAUUUCGACCAUUUACAUUUGACGAUUCUCUUGUAAGCUAUUUUUGAUUGUAUUUUCAAGUGUUUACUUUAGGUUUGGUUUAAUUUAUCAUAUCAUUGUUACUUAUACUUGAAAAUGGACAAAUUUAUUUUUACUCUUCUAUAAAAGUAUUUUUCUUAGAAGUUUUACUCAAUGUUGGUAUAACUAGUAUAAUCCACAAUAUC